AAACUUUCGACCUUCAGGCAGCGGGCUUAUUCACGGAUAGUCGGUACCACGAUUCAUGGACGAACCAAUGGAAUUAAGUAUAGCGUGUCUUGGACUUAGGCGCGAAUUUUGGUCAACUGUAUAAUUAAAUAAAAUUUUGAAACUAUAGCUGAUAUAUCGUAUCACUAUGUCAUUCUUAGCAACUGGAUCGCUCAUAGUUUUCGGACUGUUUUUUAUAUUUAAAGGCUUGCGCAGGCACUUUCGUUUCGAAAUCGAUAAAAGCUCAGGACACUAUGGGGGCGAGCUGGUUGCAGAUGUCCUGAAGGCGCAUAAUGUACCAUUUAUUUUUACGCUUACUGGAGGCCACAUAUCACCGAUAUUGGUUGCUUCAGAAAAAGAAAAUAUACGUGUGAUAGAUGUAAGAAACGAAGCUUCUGCUGUCUUUGCUGCUGAUGCUGUUUCAAGACUUUCUGGUUCCGUUGGUGUAGCUGUUGUUACAGCAGGUCCUGGUCUUACUAAUACGGUGACAGCAGUGAAGAAUGCUCAGAUGGCUGAAUCUCCUGUAGUCCUUCUAGCUGGAGCUGCUUCUGGACUUUUACGUGGUCGUGGAUCACUUCAAGAUAUCGACCAGCUUGCUGUGUUCCGCCCAAUUUGUAAAUGGUGCAGACGUAUAGAUUACGUCAGAGAGAUUAUCCCUGUUCUUUGUGAAGCAUUCUAUAUUGCACAAUCGGAUACUCCCGGACCAGUUUUAGUUGAGUUUCCGAUCGAUCUGUUAUAUCCAUAUAAAUUGGUUGAACAGCAUACUAAAUUGUCUGACAAAACAAAUUCUUUAAGGCAGAAAAUUGUAAAUUGGUAUCUACGUUUCUAUCUUUUCAAUUUAUUCGCCAAUGGUUUCUCAUCGAAAUCACAUCCAUCCAAAACAAACGGUUUAGAUGGAAUUGUUGUCAAAUCACCGAAAAUUCCGCUUCCAUCUAAAAGACAAGUGAAGAAAUUAGCUCAGCUGAUAAAACUUUCUGAAAAGCCUAUCUUACUUAUCAGUAGUCAAGCUGUUUUACCUCCGAUUUCAGCUGAAGAGACAGCCGUUCACGUUCAAACCUUGGGUAUACCUACUUACAUGUCAGGUAUGGCUCGUGGUCUUCUUGGUCGAGAUCACCAACUUGGAUUUCGUCAUGCCCGUCGUACUGCACUUCGUGAAGCUGAUCUAAUUAUUCUCGCAGGUGCCAUUUGUGAUUUUCGCUUAGAUUAUGGUCGUGUGUUAAAUCGAAAAGCGAAGAUUGUUGUAAUUAAUCGAAAUAAGAAGAACUUAUAUCUUAAUGCUGACUAUUUUUGGAGACCAUAUCUAACAAUUCAAGCUGAUGUUGGUACAACCCUAAGAGAUUUAUCACUUGAACUACAAAAUUCUACUAAUGAACUAAAUUGUUCCACUGAAUGGUUAAAUAUUUUAAAAUCACGUGAAAUAAAACAAGAUGAAGAGAUUAAACUAAGCUGUCAAGUAGAAGGUAUUGAGCAUAACAAUCCACUUUCCGUUCUCUGGAAGUUGGAACAUUAUGGUCUACCAACUGAUUCUUCCGAAGAUAGUAUUAUUAUUGCUGAUGGUGGAGAUUUUGUAGGAUCGGCAGCAUAUAUUGUACGUCCAAGAAAACCGUUAUCUUGGUUAGAUCCAGGACCAUUUGGAACGUUAGGUGUUGGUGGAGGAUUCGCAUUAGGUGCUAAACUAUGCCGCCCAAAUGCUACUGUCUGGGUUAUUUAUGGUGAUGGUUCAGCAGGAUAUAGUUUAGUGGAAUGGGAUUCUUUAGCACGUCAUCAUGCUCCUGCAAUUGCUGUUAUUGGUAAUGACGCUUGUUGGUCACAGAUUGCACGUGACCAAGUUACGUUUUUCCGAUCCAAAGUUGGAUGCCAGUUAAACUACACACCAUAUGAAGUAAUUGGAUCAGCUUACUGUAGAAGUGUUGCUCCUGUAUCAGAUAAUUUCAUAACUAAUAAUAGCAAUCCGGUUAAUGGUUUCUUAGUUGACAAACCUCAGUUGGAACAAAUAGUUCAUAUAUUUGAUGAGGCUAAACGACUUUCAAAUAAAGGGAUACCAUCUGUUGUAAAUUGUCUUAUCUCCGCAAGUAGCUUUCGAGAAGGCAGUUUGUCUGUUUAACACACUGUACCUAGUAUUUGUUUUUUGUAUAUGAAUUUUAUGUUCAUUUCUGACCAUGUAAAUUUCGCCUUACCAUUAUAUCUAUUUACUAAUAAAUAUUUUUCAAUAAACAUAUAUCUUCACUAA